CCGGCACUGGGUAAUUUACUAGACAGCAAUUUUAUGGCAUAAACGUCAACACCCGUCAUUACAACAAAUGUCAUCGAUAAAAAGCGUAAAAAAUUUUGAUAAACAAAUUUUUAUCGAACUAAAGAGUCUAAAAUUCGGUUUAAUAGGUAGAAUUAAGGUUCAAAUGCGUUAAUUCGGACCGAUGCCCACGCAAUCGGCGAACAUAUACAAACCCGCACUCUAAUUUAGUAUGGCCGAGGGUCAAAGCAGUGACGAUUCAGAUGUUGAAAAUCUAAACGAAUUUUCAGGUGUAUUGAGUAAAUGGACGAAUUACAUACACGGUUGGCAAGAUAGGUAUAUUGUUUUGAAAAACGGUACGCUGUCAUAUUACAAAAGCGAACAGGAGAGUGGGUAUGGUUGCAGAGGAGCCUUAUCCAUUGCCAAAGCUGUUAUUAAACCACACGAAUUUGAUGAAUGUCGUUUUGAUAUAUCAGUAAAUGAUUGUGUUUGGUAUCUUAGAGCUUUAUCUGUUGAAAGUAAGCAGAGUUGGGUGGAAGCUUUAGAAUCUUUCAAAAUCGAGUCUGGUUAUGGCACCGGUUCUGAGAACAGUCUAAAGCGCCAUGGUUCAACCGUCAGUCUACAGUCUAACACGUAUAGCACGGCUUCUGGAAGUAGCUUCAAGAAAUCGUCGAGGAACAUCAAAGAAAAACUAGCCGAAAUCGGCACAUUCAAAGACAUCCUUUGCAGGCAAAUCGAUACGCUGCAAAGGUAUUUCGAUCAUUGCGUCGAAAACGAUGUAAAGACAGGCGUACGCGUAUCAGAUAAAGAAAAAUUUCCAGUGGUCGAUUUCAAAGGCGAAGCGUUGACAUUUAAAUCGACCACGACGGCUGUGAUAGAAACGUUAGAGCACUGCGCCGAAUUGAUGACCCAAAGAGAGGACUGUUGGCGCAAACGGCUUGAAAGAGAGAUCGAGAAGCGCAAACGGGCCGAAACGUUGUCCCAUUCGUACUUCGUCCAGAUCCAAAAGAUACGGAAUGUCCAUCCCGGACCCGAUUUGGAAGAAGGACCUCAUAGCGUUAUUGCCGACGAUGAAUUUUACGACGCCGUAGAAUCGGGUCUAGACAAAAUGGAGGAAGAACAGGAGCUGAGAGAGAGGCUGAAAACCGGUCAGGUGGUACCGAUAACCCCGCCACCCACUUCGCCAGCCAUACAGCAUCGUCUAUGGCCGGAGAUCGAAAAGACGGUCCAAAUACAAGUAUCGAUGGCCAAGAUGGGCAUCGGCGAAUGCGGAUCCGGUUGGCAGUUGUUCGCCGAAGAUGGCGAGAUGAAGAUGUACAGGAGAGAAGAAGAGGUGGACGGUAUGGUGGUAGAUCCGCUUAAGGCCGUCCAUAUCGUUAAGGGUAUUACGGGUCACGAGGUGUGCCAUCAUUUCUUCAAUCCUCAGUACAGAUACGACUGGGAGACUACGUUGGAGCACAUGACAGUACUAGAAACCAUAUCAGAAGACACGUUGGUCUUUCUACAAACCCACAAACGGAUUUGGCCGGCCAGCCAGCGGGACGGGCUCUUCUGGUCGCACAUCAGGAAGUUGCCCAACGAGAAAGACAGAGACGGGCCGGACAUUUGGACGGUGGUCAACAAUUCCACCGACCAUCCCGAUUAUCCGCCGAAUAACGGUAAAUGCGUCAGGGUGUUUCUGACGGUGUGCCUGCUUUGCCAGACGACUGUGGACCCGCCGAAGGAAGGGACGUCCUUGACGAGGGACAAUCUAUCGUGCAAAAUUACUUAUUGCUCUGUCGUAAAUCCUGGCGGUUGGGCUCCCGCUUCGGUGUUGAGGGCGGUGUACAAACGCGAAUAUCCAAAGUUUUUAAAACGUUUUACAGCUUAUGUUAAAAAUCAAACGAAAAACAAACCUAUUAUGUUUUAAUUUUAAACUCAGGGUCUAUUUUAUUACAGUUUUUUGUCUAUUGUCUAUUAUAUAAUUAUUACUUAUUAAAAAUAUUUAAAUUUAAUCGUUAUUGUCUUUGAUUUCUACCUCUACCCUUCGAUCGUUGUUGCCUCUGCCAAAGAAACUUAUUUCCGAGCUAACCAGUUACAGUC